CCCGCGGAUCCAAGAUGGCGGCCGUCCGGCAGGAGGUGAUCCCGGGAAAAGGCUCCGGAGUCACUAACGCGGGACUCGCAGAUCGUCAAUCGAGGUUCGAAGAGUUUAUGAUGACAUUUCUAAAUUUUAUCACAAAAUACUAAACACGAACCAAACAUCAAGCCAAGAUCUUGUAGAAUCAUUCAAUCCAUCAGGACCUGAAUAUCGUUGGCUUUUGAACAUGGAAGGAGAAUUAUUUGACUUCUCUGUGGGAGUGUUUCAAACAUCAGUAUGACUGGAAAAGUGACAAGAGUUGCAUGCUCAAGUGAAAGUGUUUCAGUGCACUGAUUACAGAAAUAGCUUUAACCAUUUACCCAGUCUGAAACAUAUAUCACGCCAUUGCGAAGAGACGUAUCAUGGUUUUUUGGACGAGGAAUCAACUGAUCACGUAGCAUCGAGAGACAGAAGGGUACCCAUGUCAUGGAGAAACCAUGGAAAUGUGGGGACUGUGGUAAGGGAUUCAGAACACCAUCUGAGCUGGAAAUUCAUCGGCGCAGUCACACUGGAGAAAAACCAUUCACCUGCUUUGAGUGUGGGAAGGGAUUCUCACGUCUGUCUCAACUCACUGAACACCUGCGAGUUCACACUGGCGAGAAGCCAUUCACCUGCACAGGUUGUGGGAAGGGAUUCACUUGUUUAAGUAACCUCACUUCACAUCAACUAGUUCACACUGAUACGAGGCUUUAUAAAUGUUCUGGCUGUGAGAAGAGCUUCAAAAGCACAAGGGAUCUACUGAGACACCAGUAUGUCCACUCAAGUCAGAGGCCAUUCUCCUGUUCUGUCUGUGGGAGGGGGUUCACUCGGUCAUCCAGCCUGCUGAGACACCAGCGUGUUCACACUGAGGAGCGGCCGUUUUCUUGCAUGAAGUGUGGGAAAAGGUUCACCCGGUCCUGUACUCUGCACAGGCACCAACAAAUCCACACAGUGGAGAACCCGUUCAUCUGCCCAGAGUGUGGGAAGGGGUUCACUCAGUUGUUCCAACUGCUGCGACACCAGCGAGUUCACACAGCCGAGAGGCCGUUUGUCUGUUUGGAAUGCGGGAAGGGAUUCAUUCAGUCGUUUGAGCUGCUAAGGCACCGACGAAGUCACACUGGGGAGAGACCGUUUAUCUGCUCUAAGUGUGGGAAGGGGUUCACUCAGUCCUCCCAUCUGCUGAGACACCAGCAAGUUCAUGAGUAAUUGCUCCUAUUAAUGACAUUCAAGACUGGUCUAUGGGCUCUGUUCCUACUAAAGUUAAUAACCCCUAUAGCUGGACUGGAAUUUAAUAGUUUGCUGUGUAUUAUGUAUAACAACCAUUUGCAACUUAUAUGCUGUGUAUUUGAGGAGAGAAACUGACAUUGCUGUAAUAUCACAUUAAUGGAACAUGGAAAUGAGCAAGUCACAUUCCUGGGAGGGUGCUGAAUCUGUCUGAACACGUUUUAAUUCACCAGCUGUAGUCAGGGCAGAGAGCCAAGAUCCAAGGAGCUGAAGAACUUGGGUGACACAAUGGCUCAGUGGUUAGCACUGCUGUCUCACAGUGCCAAGCACCUGGGUUUGAUUUCAGCCUAGGAUGACUGUCUGUGUAGAGUUUGCACGUUCUACCCGUGUCUGCGUGGGUUUCCGCCAGGUGCUCCUGUUUCCUCCCACAGUCCAAAGAUGUGCAGACUGAGUGGAUUGGCCGUGCUAAAUUGCCCGUAGGGUCCAGGGACAUGUAGGUUAAGUGGAUUAGCCACAGGAAUGGGCAGGGGGUUGAGACUGGGUGUGAUGCUAUUCAGAGAGUCGGUGUGGACUUGUUGGGCCGAAUGGCCUGUUUCCACAAUGUAGUGAUUCUGUGACUCAGGAGGGAGGCAUCAGAUAAGGAAGUGGAACCGAGCUGGCCAGGUGAGGAGAAAAAGCCAAUAAAAAAGUGCAAAUAGGUCAGACUGCAUGGGAGCCACUAGCAGAUACGAGUUUAGGUAGAUGCAGUGUAGACGCCUUUCAGCCCUGCCUUUGUGUCAGAGGGGCCAAGUUGAUGUCAAGAAACAGUUUUAUUCAGGUGAAAGCAUAUAACAUGACAUAAUGAAUGGGUCACUUCUCCUGUAUAAUGCCACUGCUGCGUGAACUCUGUAUAGAUAUUCAAGAUGAACACAAGUAACUGCUGCCUUACAGUAUUACAGCAGCAAGUGAGAGCAAAUAGAUACCAUCAGUUGGUGGGGACAAACUGGGUCAUGUUGUGGAACAGAGAGACCCAGGCAUUCGGGUACAUAAUUCUUUAACGUUUGUGUCACGUAUAGUUAAGGUGGUUAAGAAGGCAUUUGACAUGUUUACCUUCACUGCACACACCUUUAAAUUGAGGAUAUUGGUGAGGCCUCUUCAGGACACUGUGUCCAGCCCUGGUCUCCCUGUUACAGGAAGGAUAUUAUUAAGCUGGAGAGGGUUCAGAAGAGUUUUACCACAAUGUUGCUAGGUAUGGAGGGUUUGAGUUACAGGGAGAGGCUGGAUAGGCUGGGACAUUUUUCACUGGAGUAUAGGUGUGUAUCACAAGAGCCUUAUCCUGAGGGUGGGGGAUUUCAAGGGACAUAUUUUUAAGGUGAGAGGAGAAAAAUUUUGAAAAAGACAUGAAGGGCACUUUUUAACAGAGUGUGAUCUGUGUGUGGAUUGAACUUUCUCAGGAAGCGGUGUUACAGGUACAGUUACAACAUUUAAAAGACAUUUUGAUAAGUACAUGAAUAAGAAAUGUUUGGAGAGCUAUGGGCGCAGUGCAGGCAGGUGGGACUAGUUUAGUCAGGGAUUAUGGUCAGAAUGGAUGGAAGGGUCUGUUUCCUUGCCGUAUGACUAUAACUGGAGAUCACACAGACAGAUGCAUCCAUGGGUCAGGAUCACCUGCCAAAUUUUGGUUAUUGCUCAGCUGGUAUCGGCCAUAUACCAGAACUCCCUUCCUAACAGUAUUGUGGGUGAUCCGACGCCAACAAGGACAGAUGAUGUUCAUGAAUAUAGCUCACCACCACGUUCUCAAGGGCAAUUAAGGAUGAGCAGUAAGUGCGACAUUUCAAAAUAGGUAGGAUGCUACUUCACUGGGGCUGAGUAUCAGCAAAGGAUAUCGCUGGGAAAAUGGCUUAAAUUGCAUUUUAUGUUUAAAUUGUUAUUGGAACAGUUGCUGUUUAGUGGUGAAAUAAUCCAUUAUUCUGUUACAUUUUCCAAUAGUUUUGGGUUAUCCCAAAUUCUUCUUUCUUUUGUUGUAUUUUAACUACAGUGUAUGAAUAAAGUGUUUUUUGCUUCAA